GUUUAUGCGUCACUUCAUUCCGAACGCCGAUGAUGGCGGAGCUCGAGAUAGUGCAGCCUGAACCGGAGGCGCCCGAAGUUCUCAAUGGGGACGCCGACGAAAACGAAGCGAAAGAGGACGCGGAGCCCUCGGAAACAGGGAAGAAAAAGAGAAGAAAAAAGAAGAAGAAGAAGACCGCAGUCCCAGCAGGGACAAAUGAGUCUGAGGGGGAUGGAGAUACGGGAGGAGGUGUUGGUGAUGUGACGAAACAGUUGGAGCAGCAAGCCCUGCCCGAGGACAUAGAUAAGGAGGAUGAUGGAGAGGAGGAUGGAGAAGAGGGUGAAAACUCCGCAGGGAAGAAGAAGAAGAAGAAGAAGAAGAAUAAUAAGAAGGGAGUGAAGGGACAGACUGACCCUCCCACUGUCCCUAUUUGUGAGCUGUAUCCCAGUGCUGUCUUCCCAAAGGGAGAGGAAUGUGAAUAUCCUCCAUCUAAAGAUGGGCGCAGUGCAGCGUGGCGGACCACCCAUGAGGAGAAGAGGGUCCUUGACAAGGCCAACGAAGAGAUGUGGAGCGACUUCCGUCAGGCUGCCGAGGCCCACAGACAGGUCCGAAACUACAUCAACACCUGGAUCAAACCUGGGAUGACCAUGAUUGACAUCUGUGAACGACUGGAGGACUGCAGUAGGAGGCUGAUCAAAGAGAACGGUCUGAAGGCUGGCCUGGCAUUCCCCACAGGCUGCUCAAUCAACCAUGUUGCUGCCCACUACACUCCUAAUGCUGGUGACCCCACAGUCCUGCAGUACAACGACGUCUGCAAGAUAGACUUCGGCACGCACAUCAACGGUCGAAUCAUUGACUGUGCCUUCACCGUGACCUUUAACCCAAAGUACGACAGAUUACUGGAGGCUGUGAGAGAUGCUACCAACACAGGCAUCAGGUGUGCGGGGAUAGAUGUGCGUCUGUGUGACGUGGGUGAAACCAUCCAGGAGGUCAUGGAGUCUUAUGAGGUGGAGAUAGAUGGGAAAACAUACCAAGUAAAGCCAAUCAGGAACCUCAAUGGCCACUCCAUCGGCCAGUACAGGAUACAUGCAGGCAAGACUGUCCCCAUCGUCAAGGGAGGAGAAGCUACCAGAAUGGAGGAAGGUGAGGUGUACGCAAUCGAGACGUUUGGCAGCACUGGGAGGGGAGCUGUUCACGGUGACAUGGACUGCUCGCAUUACAUGAAAAACUUCAACGUUGGACACGUGCCAAUAAGGCUCCCCAGAGCUAAGCAUCUGCUCAACGUGAUCAACGACAACUUCGGGACGUUGGCGUUUUGCCGACGCUGGUUGGACCGGCAGGGAGAGAGCAAGUACCUGAUGGCCCUGAAGAACCUGUGUGACCUGGGCAUCAUAGACCCGUACCCUCCUCUCUGUGACACCAAGGGCUCCUACACUGCCCAAUACGAACACACCAUCCUUCUCAGGCCCACCUGUAAGGAAGUGGUGAGCAGGGGUGAUGACUACUGAGUACGUUCCCGUGGGCCAGCUGUCCUCGAACCAGGAAGAACAGGAAGACAAAGAAUGAGAGAAGAUACAGUAUAUCACAAAAGUGAGUAUACCCCUCACAUUUUUGUAAAUAU